AUGGCUUCUAUGAGUCAUAAAAGAGCCACUUUGACUUCACUUCCCUCUGUCCUCUAUGUCUCCAUCUUUAUCUGUGUUAUUCUUUCUGGCUCUGUUGAAUCUCAUUCUCAUUCUUCUUCUUUGUCAAGCUUUCAUGGAAAUGCAGAAAAUGAUGGAGAAGCUGUUGGCCAUGGCUACACUGUUCAAAAUGUGAGCAGUGAUUCCUCAAAUAAAUCCUUGAGCGCUACUCUUAAUCUCAUCAAUUCCUCCUCUGUUAAUGGACCUGACAUUCCUCAUCUUGGCCUUACUGUCAGCUUUGAGACCCAAGAUCGCUUGAGAGUGAGAAUCACGGACGCUUCGAACCAAAGAUGGGAAAUCCCUCAAGAAUUGAUUCCUCGUCAAUCUCACUCUCCUCAGAAUCUAUCUUCGCUUCCCUCACAACUACAAUUUUCAGUCACCGAUCCCAACUCAGACCUCAUCUUCACCCUCCAUAACACCACUCCUUUUGGCUUCACGAUCGCUCGCAAAUCCUCCAACAAUACCAUUUUCGACACUUCUCCAAACCCUGAAAAUUCAUCGACAUUUGUCGUCUUCAAGGACCAGUACCUUCAGAUUUCUUCCUCGUUGCCCAUAAACGGGUCCUCUUUGUACGGUCUUGGAGAGCACACGAAGAAUACCUUCAAGCUCCUACCCAGUCAAACCCUUACAUUGUGGAAUGCCGACAUUGCUAGCUCCAAUCUUAAUCAAAACCUUUAUGGGUCUCACCCGUUUUACAUGGAUGUUCGUUCUCCCUCUUCUGAUGGACAAGUCAAGGCUGGGACCACUCAUGGGGUUUUGCUGCUCAACAGUAAUGGAAUGGACAUAAUCUAUGAUGGUGAUCGUAUCACCUACAAAAUCAUCGGAGGGAUUCUUGACCUUUACUUUUUCGCCGGACCCACGCCGGAGUUGGUGAUGGAGCAGUAUACAGAACUCAUUGGCCGCCCUGCUCCGAUGCCGUACUGGUCCUUUGGCUUUCAUCAAUGUCGCUAUGGCUACAUGAAUGUGAGUGAUCUUGAGUUUGUCGUUGCUAAUUAUACAAAGACAGGCAUACCUCUCGAAGUAAUGUGGACAGAUAUUGAUUACAUGGAAGCUUAUAAGGAUUUCACAUUUGAUCCCAUCAACUUUCCAUUAGAUAAGAUGAAAACUUUUGUUGACACUCUUCACAAAAAUGGUCAGAAAUAUGUUGUAAUCGUGGAUCCAGGUAUUGGUGUAAAUGAGACAUAUGAAACCUACAAAAGAGGUUUGAAGGAUGAUAUCUACAUAAAGCGCAAUGGAACCAAUUAUUUAGGUCAAGUGUGGCCUGGACAAGUUUUCUUCCCUGACUUUUUUAAUCCACGCAGUGAUGCAUUUUGGGAAGGGGAAAUCAAAACAUUUCUUGACCUUCUUCCUGUUGAUGGUCUUUGGCUUGAUAUGAAUGAGAUAGCCAAUUUCAUCACUUCACCUCCCAUUGAUUCUUCUAAUCUUGACAACCCUCCUUACAAGAUUAACAAUGGUCGAUCCAUAAAUGAGAGGACUGCUCCAGCAACAUGUUUGCACCAUGGAAACAUCACUGAGUAUGAUGCCCACAACUUGUUUGGACUCUUAGAGUCCAGAGCAACUAAUAAGGCUUUAACAAAUAUAACUGGGAAAAGGCCAUUCAUUCUCAGUAGAUCAACUUUUGUCAGCUCGGGCAAGUAUGCAGCCCACUGGACAGGAGAUAAUGGUGCUUCGUGGAAUGAUUUGGCAUACUCAAUACCAUCCAUCUUAAAUUUUGGAAUCUUUGGAAUCCCAAUGGUAGGAGCAGAUAUCUGUGGUUUCAAAGGAAGUACAAACGAAGAACUUUGUCGCCGCUGGAUCCAGUUAGGGGCAUUUUACCCCUUUGCCAGAGAUCAUUCAGACAAAAGUUCAAAUCGUCAAGAGCUCUAUCUUUGGGAUUCAGUUGCUGCAUCAGCUAAAAAAGUGCUUGGUCUUCGUUAUCGCCUUCUCCCUUACUUCUACACAUUAAUGUACGAAGCACAUGUGAGCGGGAUACCCAUUGCACGACCCCUUUUCUUUUCAUUCCCAGAGGAUGUGGCAACCUAUGAAAUAAACACACAAUUUUUACUUGGUAAAGGGGUGCUGGUGUCACCUGUUGUAACAUCAGGAGCAACCACUGUCGAAGCUUAUUUCCCGGCGGGAAAUUGGUUCAACCUCUUCAAUAUCUCAAACUCAUCAGUGACCGUGGAAACAGGAAAGAAUGUGACACUUGAUGCCCCGCCCGAUCUCAUAAACGUUCAUGUUCAUGAAGGUAGCAUUUUGGCUAUGCAAGGUGAAGCCAAUACAACCGAUGCUGCACGAAAGACGCCCUUCGAGCUUUUGGUUGUUGUUGGUAGCAGCAGAAACAGUUCAGGGCAAGUAUAUUUGGAUGAUGGAGAGUCACUUGACAUGGGAGGAGGGAAUGGAAAUUGGACACUGGUAAGAUUCAAUGGUGCUUUGUCCAAUAACAAUAGUGUUUUUGUUGCAUCUGAAGUCACUAAUGGGAGCUUUGCUCUGGAGCAAAAGUGGAUUAUAAAUAAAGUAACUUUCGUAGGGAUACCUAGUGGUAAUGAGACUUUGAACACUAGGAAUUGGGAUAACAAAAAGCUGCGCAUUGUGAAGGAAGCAAGCACAGAGGAAAAAGCAGUUGUGAAGAUAUUAGACAGUUCCAAUCAGUUUGUUACUAUUGAAGUUUCAAACUUGACUCUGCCUAUUGGAAAGGCAUUCAAGGUGGAACAUGAGAUCCCUUGAAGGGCAUUGUAUCCAUAAAAUCCACUUUUAGGUUACACCAUAAGGUUCUUAUUUUGUGUUCUUUUGCUUUCAGAAAGAAUAAUAAUGGAUGACGAGUUAGAUGUUCUACUUAUCUUUUACUAUAAAUAAUAAUAAAUGUGGGUCAGGCAU